GAAAUCUAUAUUUUCAUUCCAGAGAGAAUUUACAAAAUGGCACAGACAGAUAAUACCAAAGCUAACAAAUUGGCUUAUCUUCACAUGAGAAUUGUUCAAAAUGUUGUACGGAAACUGCUGCAGUUUAUAGUUAGACAAUCUAACCAACAAUGGACUUUAGACGAAUAUUUUGAAGCGAAUGGUGACAAAAUUUUGCAAACACAGCUCGCUAUGCGACACAGAUCAAUUCUGUUACCAAGACAUAGCAUGGUCACGAUAGAGUCGCUGCCAUUGUAUUUGAUUGAGCAUCUCAUAACAGACAUUCCUCAGUGUUUUGUAGUGCCCCGUGACAUAAGCGAUGCGAUACGUUCACUAAAUCAAAUCAGACGUGAAUCCAAUUCAGCCAUUGUGACGGGCGUUGAUGAAACAAUGUUUGAGAACCAAUUGGAAAAAAUGAAAACACUUUUAACAACCAUUUGUCUUUUUAUGGACAAUAAAUCGGAUGCUCAGAUAAUUCAAAGAGAUAUUGAGGGUUUACGCGAAUCUACCUUCAUAACAGACGAAACUGUCUUGGAUGAAUUCAAGCAACACUAUGAAAAAGAAAAGUCGCAUAGAAAGGCUAUUACAUCUUUUCCGAGAGAGAAAGACAAUCUUCAUCGAAUGAUUGAAAAGGUCGUGAGUAUUCGCGAUGGUAAUGUGUCGGAUGCGGCAAACACUAUCGGUGUCGAUGCCAGAGCAGAUCAUGGUACCGAUCAAAGGAAUGAGCCCUUCCCCCUCGAAGUGCAAGUUACAGAUGUAGUUAUAGAGAUGGAUCCCGGAACUGCUCGAAUGUCUAGAGAUAUAGUAAAUGUCAUCAACAAUCAAGAAGACUCCGAUGGGCCGAAUCCUUUACGAGAAAGAGGCGAAGAAAUCAUAUCAACUUUUACAAAAACAUUUUCGUACUAUGGAGAUUUUUUUGCGAGGCAAGGAUGUGUACAGAUUUGUGUGAAGCCACGAUCAAUUAAACUUUUGUUCGAACUGUUCGAAGAUUGUGUUCGUGGUGAGAUAACACAGAAACUGCAAACCGUAGAGGAAUCGAUUCGAUGCAUACAUGGUUUCGAAAACUACAAACCGGAAGCUGUGCUAUAUCAGGAUCAUUAUGACUCGGUGAUGAAUGAUUUAGCGUCACAAAUAAGGCAGCAGUUUGAAGACAGAGGUUUAACUUUGGAAAAUGAGAGUGCAGUUCCGAAGGUUGAGCUAUCUGCCAAUAGCACAAUACUUAUCCGAGUUCCAUGUCCAUCUGAGGAUGAUCGUGACCAAUUUGUAAACACCUUCAAAUCCGGGAAAACGACAGAUUUGUUCAAAUCACUGGAAGACCUCUUGCGUAACGCUUACAGAGAACCAGAUAUUUCCUUAAAGGCAAAAGUGGACGAUAGAAAAAAUGCUACAUCCAAAAUCGCUGGUAGUUUCGGAGGACAUUAUCAACAUACUCAUGAAGAAAGCCCAAAGGCGGAAUUUAGCUUUUCGCUAUAUGAUACUGGUUCCGUCGAUAGAGAAGAAAAACAAGGAAGCCCUGAUGUCGACAGAGUGCCGACGACUGUUGGCGAAAGUAUCGGGGCCGAAGGCAGUAAAAGAGUAGAGACCAGAGUCAGCAUAAGACUAGCGGACAGCGGAAGUGUGGUAGACAAAAAAAACGAAAGUGGAAUGGACAGUUUUGGGGGCGGAGUAAUUAAGAGAGUAGGGGUCAUAGUCGGCAGCAUUAUAAACACUUUAUAAGUGGAUUUAUACCAUGUUGCCAAAGAACUCGCUAAAUGAAAAUAUAAGAAUGGAAUUGAAAACAAUUCAAUUUUAUUUCUGUGGACGUUUAUAUAUAGUUACCUGUUUAUCUUGAAUACAUAUAUAUAUAUAUAUAUAUAUAUAUAUAUAUAUAUAUAUAUAUAUAUAUAUAUAUAUAUAUAUAUAUAUAUAUAUGUGUGUGUGUGUGUGUGUGUUGGGGGUGCGUGCGUGCGUGCGUGCGCGUGUGUGUGUGUGUAAUAAAUGUGUUGAUAUUGCAAAUUCAAGAUUGUUAAGAUAUAUAUUUCAAAUAACAUGUAAAACAAUUCGUCAAGUGACUAGCUUGCAGAGUGUAUGCUGAACAAUGGAGUGCACUGCAGUUAUUUAACAUUGAAAGAAGACAUUCUCUUAAAUGAGACGUAUUUUUACGAAAUUAUUAUAAUAUUUUAUUAAAACGUGUUCGUUUUUA